AUGGCUUCCUCCAUGGAGCUCACCGUGCAUCACCAAGGCACCCCGCACAACUUCUCCCUCUCCGCCUCCGCAACUCUCCAAGACCUCUCCGCAACAAUAGAAGCAUCUCUGAACAUCCCCACGCCGAACCAGAAACUCCUCAUUGCUCCAACACCAGGAAUGCAAAAGGCGCCUUUCCCACCAACACGUCUAGAUGCAAUCCUACAACUCUCCUCCCCAAAAUUCAAAAUCACCCUCCUCGGCACCCCAGCCAAAGCCAUCGCCGAUCUAAACCACCAAGCUGAGACAAACCGCCGACACGAAGAAGCCCGAGCCUCAGCCCUCGCAUCCGCACGCCGGAAUAAGAAAACACCCACUCGAUCAAACAACACCAUCGCCACCCUCUCCUCCUCCAGCAAGAACUACACCUUCCACCAACUCCUCCCACUAUCCUAUCUCCCCCGCCCCGAACGCUCCCUCGAUUUCCUCAAACGUCUCCGCGAUGACCCGGGAAUCCGCGCCGCCAUGGCAAAACACGAGUUCUCCGUCCCACUACUCACAGAAAUGAAUCCGGCCGAACACACCUCGGGCGAUCACCAAGGCGUAUCGCGCACGCUGGGACUAAACCGCAAUCGCGGCGAAGUAAUCGAGCUCCGCCUGCGCACAGAUGCAUACGACGGAUACCGUGACUACCGUACAAUUCGCAAAACGCUCUGUCACGAGCUGGCGCAUAACGUUUUCGGAGACCACGAUCGCGAUUUCUGGAACUUGACGGCCCAGAUUGAGCGGGAGGUUGAUGCGGCUGAUUACAGUGCUAGUGGGAGGAGGUUGACGCAACAGGAGUUUUACAACCCGGGAGAUUGGGAACAGGCGCAGAAUGAGGAGGACGUUGAUGAGUGUGGAUGGACGGGUGGGGAAUUUGUUCUCGGUGGCUCGUCCGGUUCUUCUGGGGGCGAGUCGAGGAGGGAGGCCAUUGCGCGCGCGGCGGAAGAGAGGAUGAAGAAAGAGGGGAGGAAAGAGAGGCGGGAUGAGGAGGCUUCUUGA